AUGUUGGGUGAGGAGCAAGAGGUGACCAGAGGAGCUGAGGGUAGAGGAACUAUCAACUCGACUUCCCCAACUACCGCCACAACUAUUACCUCCAAUACUACCGGAGAUUCUACCACCACGAGUGCUGAAGUGUCAAAUACUACGGUUUCUGCAAAGCCCACUACCACUGGUCCAUAUAAUAUUUGUCUAAAAAGUAACUGUACCGGUGGUUCUUCAUGUGUUGGUCUGAAUACCACAUUCUUCUGCAUUUGUCAAGAGGGCUAUUACUACAAACAAAGCAAGUGUCUGGAAGGGAGAGUGUUCCCUGGAACACUUACAAUUGAACAAUUAUAUACAUCUGACUUGGAAGAUAAAGGAUCCAUGACUUAUGAAGAGUAUCAUUAUAAUAUUACUAAAUUUUUUAAAGGAGCAUUUAAUGAAUCUGUAUAUGGACAGACCGUCAUUCAUAAAGUCAGCCUGUCUACUUCAGAAAAAUCUAACUCACGUGUUAAAGUAACAGUAGUGAAUAUUUUAAACAAAGACUUCAAUCUAACUGAAGAAGAAGUGACUAAAGCAAUUCGGAUACAAGCUGUGAAAAUCUGUGUGAUUAUUAUAACUGUGUACGGAAUAAAAACAACUGUGCUGACGGUUCGCAAUGUGUUUGCAAAUCAGGAAUGUACAGGCCUACCCCACAAGCCUCUCAUUGUGUUCACUCAACAGCCUGAAGAAUCCAGGCUGCAGGUGACAGAGAGUGGUAAUCAGCGAAAGAGACAAGAGUCUGGACUAGCACGGUCUAAUAGAAAUUUUCAGCUGAUCCUCACUAUCGUGGGAAGCAUUGCAGGCAUCUGCAUUCUCGGCUUGAUGAUUGCAAUGAUCUUCAUGGGGGUGAGGUCAAGAAGCAGACAGGAAAACACUGACCAACAGAAGAUGGUUGAGUACGACUCUCAGGAUAUGGCAAUGCAGCACACAGGGUUCUCCGGGCCAUACACAGAGGGAAGCCGCUUCCCGAAGGCCCAAACCACCCCCUCCAGCCAGCCACACAAUCCCUACAAGUGA